AACAAGUAAGAAUUUCCUUUCUUGUAGUGAAAGUAUUAAUAUCUCAAUAGGAAGAAGGGAAGCUUUAUUUGGAAAGGAAAAAACCCCAACAGGAAUGUGUGCUGUUACUCUGGGGACUGCUCUGAAGCAUUACAGUUCUGCAGUAUGUGAAACACCUGUUAUUAUAGGUAUUGAUGAUACUGAAGAAAUAACAAGGCACCUACAGCAUGGAAACCUGUGUCAAUAGUAAGAAAGAGCUGGCACCUGUGGCAGGCAGAUUGGUGAAAAGGAGCUUGGUACCUCUGAUGUAGAGAAUGAAUGCUGAGAUAUCAGAUAGUUGUCCCCAAAGGAUCAAUGCUUUCACCCAAACAAUCCAAAGAGUAUCAGCACUAUGAACUCGUGACAUUUUAAGAUGGCUUGUAGUGCAUGUGAAACAAAUAAACUGAAUGGCUUAGAGGCAUGGAAACUGAGGGAGGGAGAUACAGACCCUGAUGUACAAGCCCCAGAGAGAAAAAUCUUGUCACAAUGUGAAGAAGGGCGGGAGAUGGGCUAUCAGAAGAUGACCGACAGUAUCGCUGGAAGCAGACCAGCCUUCUGGGUGCUACCAUUGCUUUACUUGUGUUCUGUCAGGCCUUCUGAAAACAUGGCCCAACUGUGACUUUAUGCUGCAGAGAGACACAUGCUGUUUCAUAAGGAUACGCCUGAUUUCCAGAAAUAACCAUGUUUUUGUGGCUUAAACUCUUAGCAUUUGGUGUUGCAUUUCUGGGACAGGAUGCUUUUCUCAAAGGGCAGGAGACAACGACCACACCUGGUACUGGUGCCAGCCUCGCACACAGCACGCACUCCUCCCGGCCCGCGGAGCCCAGCCCCGGCCCGGCCCCGAGCAGCCCGCAGCCCGCUGCCCUCACCGCACGCACUCCCUCUGCCCUCGGGGAUGCUUCCACAGAUGAUUACAAUUCAACAUCCUUGCACAGCACCACCUCAUCAGUCAACAUGCCAGCAAGCACUGGGAUCACCCCCACUCCCAGCUCCACUUACACAAUAGAAACUACCACAGCGAUACCUGAAGCAUCUUGUGCUAUUAUUGAAGACAUAAAAGACUCUAAGAACAACCCUGAAAUGGCUGAGGUUUUACUGAAAAUUCACACAAAAGACACAGAAUAUAUUAUUCUGGGGGAUGGCAUAGACAAAACUGUGAGUUCCAGCAACCGUUCAGUAGAGCUUCCAAAAUGCCAGAAUUACACUGUUGGAGUUAAAAAUGGCAGGUGUUCAGAUGGGACUUCUUCUUCUUUUCUUGUUCCAGAAGUCACCAAUGAACGUUUUGAAGUCAAGGACACAAACGACACAUCUGCCUUGUUAUGUUGGAGCAGCUCACUUGCCUGUGCUAGCGUGACUUUUACCUGCAAUGGGACUUCACUUCUAAAGUAUUCUAAAAAUUCAAAGUCUGGAGAUCAAAAUCAAACUUGUGAAGUGCUGGAAAAUUUAUUACCAUACCGUCGGUAUGACUGCAUUGGAUCCAUACAUUUUAAAGAAAGCAAUGUUGCCAACCCAAACUUCACCAUAUACACAGACUGUGCUGUUCCAGAAGCACCACAAAACCUUCAAAUAACACAUAUAACUAACACAAGUGUAACAGUUAAUUGGACAGUACCUGGGGACACUUCUAACUGUCCCAAUAAAGGCUACUCAGUGGAAUUCUUUGUGAACGGCAAAUCGGUUGAACGUAAAGAAACCAGCACAACUUACUAUACUUACAAUGGCUUUCAACCUUAUACCAAAGCUUCUGUAUCUGUGACUCCAUAUACAACCAACAAACACAAUGAGAGGCUUGAAGGUGGCAGUGAAAGCCGUGAAUUUACAACAAAAGCAGGAGAACCAGAAAAAGUGCAUCACGUUAAAACAAUAUUGACAGCUGAUAAUGCUAUCCAGAUUACAUGCAAAAAACAAAAUGUAUUUGGGCCAUAUGCACGAUUUAUAUUGAUUUGGGAGAAUGAUGGAAAAACUGAAAAUGAAAGCAAAUGCGAAUUUAAAAGAGAAAAUCUCUUUUACAGGACAAACUAUACAUUUAAGAUCUUCGUCUUUAAUGGAGAAUACAGUGGAAAGGCAGUAGUGGAGAGUAUAAGAACCAGAUAUAAUUCUAGAGCCUUGAUUAUAUUCUUGGUAUUCUUGAUUGUUGUGACUGUAAUUGCUUUACUACUGGUUCUGUACAAAAUCUAUGAUCUUCACAAAAAAAAGCUUAGCAAUUCUUCUGAAGGCGUGAACCUUGUAGCAGUUAAAGAUGAUGACAAGCAACUUCUCAACAUAGAGCCAAUACCCUCAGAGCUAUUGCUGGACACGUACAAGAGGAAGAUUGCAGAUGAAGGAAGGCUCUUCUUGGAAGAAUUUCAGAGUAUUCCUAGAGUCUUCAGUAAAUUUUCUAUAAAGGAGGCCAAAAAGAGUCAUAAUCAGAACAAAAACCGUUACAUUGAUAUUCUUCCAUAUGACCAUAACCGUGUUGAGCUCUCCGAGAUGCCAGGAGAUCCAGGAUCAGACUAUAUCAAUGCAAGUUAUAUUGAUGGCUUCAAAGAACCAAGAAAAUAUAUUGCUGCACAAGGCCCCAAGGAUGAAACCACAGAUGAUUUCUGGAGAAUGAUCUGGGAACAGAAGGCAACCAUUAUUGUCAUGGUGACUCGCUGUGAGGAAGGAAAGAGGAACAAAUGUGCCCAGUACUGGCCAUCAAUGGAGAAUGGGACUGCAACAUAUGGGGACAUCAUUGUGAAGAUCUAUGAAAGUAAAACGUGCCCAGACUAUGUCAUUCAGAAACUGCACAUCACAAAUGGAAGAGAAAGGACAGCUGGAAGAGAUGUCACUCAUAUCCAAUUCACAAGCUGGCCAGACCAUGGAGUCCCUGAGGAUCCACAUCUCCUCCUCAAACUCCGACGCAGAGUUAAUGCCCUCAGCAACUUUUUUAGUGGUCCGAUCGUGGUUCAUUGCAGUGCCGGCGUUGGGCGCACGGGGACGUACAUCGGAAUCGAUGCCAUGUUGGAGGGGCUGGACGCCGAGGGCAGGGUGGAUGUUUAUGGCUACAUUGUGAAACUGCGUCGGCAGCGAUGCCUCAUGGUCCAAGUAGAGUCACAGUACAUCCUUAUUCAUCAAGCACUGGUGGAAUACAAUCAGUAUGGAGAAACAGAGAUCAAUCUCUCAGAACUGCAUUCCUCCCUUAACAAUCUGAAAAGAAAAGACCACCCGAGUGAGCCUUCUCUGCUGGAGGCAGAGUUCCAGCGAUUGCCGACCUAUAAGGGGUGGCGGACACAGAACACUGGGAAUCGGGAUGAAAAUAAAAGCAAAAAUAGGAAUACCAGCAUAAUUCCUUAUGACUUUAGCCGCGUGCCCAUCAGGCACGAAGAAGAUUGCAGUAAGGAGGGUGAGCAUGAUUCAGAUGAGUCCUCGGAUGAAGACAGCGACUGUGAGGAGUCCAGCACAUACAUCAAUGCUUCCUUCAUAACUGGUUACUGGGGUCCAAAAGCCAUGAUUGCAACACAGGGACCACUGCAGGAAACUAUCUCUGACUUCUGGCAAAUGGUGUUCCAAAGAAAAGUCAAAGUCAUUGUUAUGCUGACAGAGCUGAAGGAGGGAGAUCAGGAACUCUGUGCACAGUACUGGGGAGAAGGAAAGCAAACGUAUGAUGGCAUAGAAGUUCAAAUGGCAGAUGUCAACUCUGGUCCUAGCUAUACCAUACGUGCAUUUGAUGUUACACAUCAGAAGACAAAAGAAACUCAGAAGGUGUAUCAGUAUCAAUACCACCAGUGGAGUGGCUGUGAUGUUCCAGAAACCCCCAAAGAUUUAGUCAGCAUGAUUCUCAACAUUAAACAAAAACUUCCAGCCAGACCAGUCACUGAGGACAACAGGAGAACCCGCAAUGUCCCACUCCUUGUACACUGCUGUGAUGGAUCACAGCAGACUGGUGUAUUUUGUGCUUUAAUGACCCUUUUGGAAAGUGCAGAAAUAGAAGAAGUAGUAGAUGUUUUCCAAGUAGUAAAAUCACUUCGUCGCACCAGGCUGGGAAUGGUCUCCACCUUGGAACAAUACCAAUUUCUGUAUGACACCAUUGCCAGUACCUACCCUGCACAGAAUGGACAAAUAAAGAAGAACAGCAAGCAGGAAGAUACAGUUGAAUUUUGCAAUGAAGUAGGAAAAUCAGAUCAGGAAACUGAUUUGAUCACAACUGAUCUUGCCCCACCACGGCCAGAGGAAAUUGAGCCACGUGAAAUAUGUGAUGGUUCUAAGGCUGCAGAUAGCACUAAGGGAACAGAAAGCUCUACAAAUGGCCCCACAACUGCAGUUCUAACUUAGAGCUAGACUAAAAAAAAGUGCUUUUUCGCAUGCAAAAAAUCUUAAGCAAAAUGGGAGGUAUAAGAUUUCUUCCUCUUCCCACUUUUUUUUUUUUAAUUUUAGUUAUUUUGGUUUUUGAAAGGUACAAAUUUAAAGGAAUACUUGAAACUUGUAGAGAGAGACAAAGAACUGUGGAAUUUUAAUUUUUUGUGUAGAUUUGCAUUUAAUACUUCUACGGAAACCUUCACUAUUUUUAUAUUUUUCCUUUUAAAAAUAUGGACAGUGUAAUACUAUGCUGAGGAGUACAAAGCAAAUUUUUUUAUUUCUGUAACAAGGAAAAAAGCAACUCAGAACAAGAUUAUUGAGUUGCAAGAACAGGUCUGUCUUCAAAAUUACUAGCAAGUAAGUGAACCUAUAGGUAAGCAUAUAUUCUAGUAUUUGAGGACUAAUGAGAGCAUUAAUAAUACUCUUGGGACUUGAGGGAGUUUGCCAAACAGUUUUAAGAGCUUAUAAUUUACAACAUGUGCCAAUUCCAAGGAAUUCUGACUUACAAAGGAUAUGUAAGUCCUGCCAUAUCAAUGUAGAAUAGAAAUUUUUGCAUUUUUCUAACUGUCCUCAAGGUGUCCUUAUUGCUCCACAUAUAUUAAUCUGAUACUCCUAUAGGAGUUUGGAUAUCAGCAUUUGAUCAUUGCAAGAGUUCUGGUGGAAAACACAUCCUGUUUACUCUUGUAGCUUAGAAUAUGAGUGCUUGCACAUUUAUUUCUUAUGCUUACAUUUAUUUAAAGGACUACUUCCAUGAAUGCCUCCAAACUCUUUUCAGAAUUGGAAAAUACUUUGAUAAUUUUACUUGUAGAUUUUAAUUGGUACAGGAUUUUUUUUUCAUAAUGUUGUUUUGUAUGUUACAAUUUUGAUAUUUUUACUAUUUCUUGCUGGAUUUUAGCCUACCGUUUUCAGAACAAAUAAAAAAGGUAAUUAAUAGUUGACAAGAUGAAAAUUAUUUUGUUCUCUAGUACUAUGCAAACUGAUCAUUUACUUCUAAAUGUAUAAAAUCUUGUGCUGUGCCAUGCAUGGAUAAAAUAUACAAAUGUCAGUAGGUAAACACAUCAUUUAAUUCUUCUAAAACUGUGUGUGUACCCUGGUAAGUGUCGUGACUCUCAGAACAGAGGGAAAGAGGCUUCAUUUUAUUUUGCUUGAAGCCAUCCAAGGAGCAGUCACACAAUAGAUUCAGUGCUCCAAGUUUAUCACUGCUUGUUCCUAAUUUCUCAUUACAAAACAUAAUUGAAAUCACUUAGAGAGCUGUCUAAACAACAUGUACAGUCACACUUGGUUAAAACCCUGAUUUAGUUGUGCUGUUAGCCUAGAUCAAAUAUAUCAUUCACAAUUAUCAGCUCAGACAAGUGCUUGCUGGCAGUCUUGCUUCAGAAAGUGGCAGCAAGCAGACACAGAGCAGGGGGAUUCCCCUUGGCUGUCUGAAUUCCCUUUUCAGCAAGGGGUUGUGUUAGGUGAUAAACUAACAAAGCUGAAGGGGUCAUGUGUGGAGGGGAAGCUCUAGGGACUACAUGGGAAAAUAAUCUAAAAGAUGUUGUAGGCCCAAAAUCUGUUGGCUAGUUUUAGGGGAACAAAAACCAAAAUUGCAAAUUUAGCAUACCUUGAGGAUCUAAAGUAUAAAGACCCUUGGAAUCAGAUUAGUUCACUGGUGUUCAUUGCAUGUCAGAGAACAAUUAAUAUCUUGUUAUUAAUAUAUUGCUAAUAUAUAUCCUUUGUUUAAGAUUUCCCAAUUGUAAAGCCUCUCUUUCACAUAGAAAAACUAAGAGGUGAGUACUGCUGUCUAAUGUAAGGCUGUGGAACAGAGUAGUCACACUUUUAAAAAUAACUGAAAGGGUUUCCCAAAUCAAAAAUUAAGCCAAACUUUUCUUGUUUUAAAUCUGAGGACAAUCAUAUACUUCAAUUCCUUGAAAAAAGGUCCCUGUGGUUUUUAGGCUCCUGCAGGCUGUAAAAACCUUGCAUGAUUUUGAUUUGUUUAACUGUUUUCUAGAAUGAUUUCAAUGUUCUUUUGCUGGUAUUUUCUAAAAGAGAAGAAUGCCAAUUCUUGAUUUGUGCAUGGAUGUUAAAAGAGAAGUCCUUAACUCUGUUAAAUUUUCCUUCAUGCAUGUCUUCAUUAUUAGAGAAAUGGAGCUUUACACUGAAACUGCCCUCAUGUGUCCAGUG